AGACAGGUUAGCUAUAUAUGUGAACUAGGUAAAGUGAAGUUUUGAUAUGCUUUGCGAAUGUCUAGCUCGUUGGCUAGCUGAACAGGCUAGCUAGCUAGCCUUAUCAAUAACCUCACUGUUCAGCUAGCUUAGUGAAUGUUAAGUUAGCGUUAGCUAUCCGGUGUAGUGUCGAGAUCUAUUCCCCAGUCGGGAUGUGUAUCCCCUACCUGAACCCUACCCUUAUCCUAAUCAUAACCACAGAGGGGGGCGCUACUAGAAAACAGUUUUAACAGGGGGAAACAUCCUGACGAGGGAACAGAUUUCGACACAACACUGGAGCAUACAAUGCUAUGCCUAUCUAUGCUGAAAUAGGGGGCCACUUAACGCAAAUUUGUGUUAUUGUAAAAAUCUCAAUAACGACACUUUCGAUUGGCCUUGUUACGAGCAACAUAGCACGCACGACUAGAUUACUUUAAAGAGGUGUAUGAGUGACUUUCAGCCUGGUAAAUCUAUGUUUGAUCCGAAUAUUUGAGUCCUAAGGUAAUGCAGUAUGAAGAGGAAAGAGAGGUUAUUUUUCUCCAGAGGUUACAUAGAUAACUUUCCCAGUAGUAAAGGCGCUGACAGACGAGUGGAUCAUAGGCUCUUGAGAUGUUAGGCUGGCCAUGGUUCACAUAAGGUCACAGUGAGUGGCGCAGCCAUGUUGCCUGGAGUUGGUGUGUUUGGCACCGGGAGCACGGCCCGAGUGCUGGUCCCAUUGUUGAAGGCUGAAGGCUUUGAGGUUCAUGCUCUCUGGGGGCAAAGUGAAGAGGAAGCAUGCUGCUUGGCAAAGGAGCUCGGCAUCCCAUUUCACACCAGUCGAUCCGAUGAUGUCCUGCUGCACCCAGAUGUCGACCUUGUUUGCAUCUAUAUCCCGCCCUCAAUGACAAGGCAGAUUGCUGUCAAAGCACUGGGUAUAGGUAAGAAUGUUGUGUGUGAGAAAGCUGCAACCACUGUGGAUUUAUUCAAGAUGGUGACUGCAGCCAGAUACUACCCCCAGCUGCUCAGCAUCAUGGGUAAUACCCUGCGCUUCUUGCCAGCUUUUGUUGCAAUGCACCAACUACUGGUGGAGGGAUAUGUUGGCCAAAUGCAGGUGUGUGAUGUCCGGGUCUAUGGCCCGAGCCUCCUGGACCAGUCGUAUGGCUGGACUUGUGAGGCGCUGAUGGGAGGAGGGGGUCUGCACACUGUUGGUUCUGCCAUCAUUGACCUUUUAAGUUACCUGACUGAUGCUCGAGCCUAUCGCGUCCAUGGCUUACUGCGGACCUUUGUGCAACAAAACGGUUUGAUCCGAGGCAUCCGCCACGUCACCAGCGAUGAUUUUUGUUUCUUCCAGAUGUUGAUGGGUGGACCUGGUUCUGGCUCUGGUGUGUGUUGCACUGUGACCCUGAACUUCAACAUGCCAGGGUCAUUUGUGCAAGAGGUGAUGGUAGUUGGAUCCACUGGGAGACUGGUUGCCAAGGGAACAGAACUAUAUGGCCAACGCAAUGGGAGUAAAGGUGAGGAGCUGUUGUUAGAUGACAGCGGGUGGGUUGGGCCAGAGGUGAGAGACAUGCCCUUGCCUCACCUGCAGGGGCUGAGCUCCAUGGUAAAGGCACUGAGACAGUCUUUCCAGGCUCACGAGGAGCGCAGGUCAUGGGCGCGAGAACCUGUUGCCAUGGCACCAACAUUUGAGGAUGGUCUGUAUGUGCAGACGGUGGUCGAGGCGGUGAAGCGGUCCAGCUGCAGUGGAGAAUGGGAGUGUGUUGAGAUCAUGAGUCAGGAGCCGGAUCCUAACCUCAACCUGUGUGAGGCUCUGCAGAGAAAUAAGAACUAGAUAUAUUUACACCCAAGUGUAAACGUUACAUAUCUGACAAAACUGGGCUCUGAAUGGUUUUCCUUUAAUUCAGCUGCUUUGGUAGUUUACUUUACACAUGACUACUUUGCAUAUUUACAUUUUGCCUCAUUUUGAACUGAAUAUUUUGACUGAGAGAACAUAGCUGUUUUGUGGAUGUUAAACUGCCACCAUUGUGAUUUGUUUGUACACUAAAUGUGUCACAGCUCUAUUAUUCUGAUUCUCACCAGAGACUAUGGCAGAAUUGAAAUGUUUCACCAUAGGGGCUCAACCUCUGUAAAAAUCAGAAUAAUGGAGCAGUGCAGAGUUAAUUUUUUUAUUUUUAAGAGUUGAGAUGUAUAUUAAUAGUAAGUAAACUGUGAUAGUUGACUGCAUAUAUAGGAUAACAGGGAUUGAGUAAAAUAAGCUAUAUACAGAGAACAGAAUAAUUUGUAGCAUUGCCCCUCAAAAUGCCUAAAUCUUAAUACUUAAUUUUAAAUCUAUCACUCACACUAGA